CAGCAUAGAUGAUUAUGAGAAAGAUUAGUUGAUGGUGAAAGCAUUUGGAGCAUUCUGAAUCCAUUCACCUUGGUGUCCUUAUUUUCUGAGACUAUGGAUGAUGGCCGGCAUCAUGAAAAUGGGAGGCACAAGUUAGACUACUUCAGAGGGAGCCCCUCGCCGUGGCAUAUGGCGCCCCCUCAUCAUGUAAAGGAACCGAACGCCUUGGUCAUGAAUAAGAAGAUCAUGUCUAUUAUAGCCGAGAGAGAUGCUGCUAUUCGGGAGCGAAAUUUAGCACUAUCUGAGAAGAAAGGUGCAUUGGCUGCACGCGACGAGGCUCUCCAACAGCGUGAUGAGGCGAUUGCACAGCGUGAUUCGGCAUUAAUGGAACGGGACAAUGCCCUUGCAGCGCUUGAAAUUCGUGACAACGCUUCAAACUUUCCUCUUGGCAAUGGGAUCCAACGCAAAACGAAGCGAUUGCACCAUUUAUCUAAUCAUAUGCCAAGCAUGUCUGAAACUCCCUAUGGUACAAAAGACGUGCAUAUAACUGAUGCCUUUCCAAUUACAGUUAUAGCUUCUGAAGCUGUUAAGUCUCGACAGGGAAACCGAACAACAACGGAUAACAAGGCAGUUUCAUCAAAGACAUCGAAGCUGCCGAGGAAGAAAGUUGGCGAAGAUUUGAAUAGACAGGCUGCUACCGAUGGCACGAAAUACAGAACGGACUGGGAUGGUCAGGAUGUCGGUUUGAACCUGGUUAGUUUCGAUGACUCUUCUAUGCCAGCACCAAUUUGCUCGUGUACUGGACUUGCAAGGCAGUGCUACAAAUGGGGGAAUGGAGGUUGGCAAUCAUCGUGUUGUACCACCCAUAUGUCCAUGUAUCCGCUUCCACAUAUGCCGAAUAAACGCCAUGUCCGAAUGGGUGGGCGGAAAAUGAGUGGAAGUGUUUUCACAAAGCUGCUUAGUCGUCUAGCUGCAGCAGGUCACGAUCUCUCAGUACCGGUGGAUCUUAAGGACCACUGGGCACGACACGGUACAAAUCGCUACAUAACAAUCAGGUAGUAGCUAGGUAGUAACUUCAAGAGGAGUAGAGAACAUUUUGCAGGGGUCCUCAAGGUUGUCUCAAUUGCAGCCGAAUGUUUUGGUAAAUAGCAUGGCUCGACUGAAGUGAUUCGACAGGAGGUAGAGCUCUUCCCUUUUGUUUGUAUUUUGCAGGGGUCCUCGGGGUUGUCUCAUAUUGGGUCGAAUGUUUCGGUAGAUAACAUGGCUCGACCGAAGUGAGAUUCUACACGAGGUAGAGCUCUUCCCUUUUGUUUGCAUACGCCAUUGUGAUUAAGACUGAACCUGAAUGGACCACCUUAGAUUGGGGAAUGCUUGUAGAGUAUGACCAUAAGAAUGAAUCGAA